AUGAAUAACAUCCUGCCCAACUGGUCCUUCGCUUCAAACUAUGAGUUCUCCGACCUCGGAAAAAUCUGGAUUGUGUGGAAGCCAUCUGUGCAGGUCAACAUCAUCUCAAAGUCUCUGCAAAUGAUCACCUGCUCUGUCAAACUUCCUUUUCAGACAAGUGAGUUUGUGGUCUCUUUUAUCUAUGCUUCUAACUGUCGUAAAGAAAGAAGACUCUUAUGGAGUGAGCUCGAAGCCACUUCCUGCUCCCCUCAACUGUGUGGUCUUCCUUGGAUUGUGUUGGGAGAUUUUAAUGAAAUUAUCAGUCCUGCUGAGCACUCCCGAGCCGACCUAUCUACCUCCACCAGAGGGAUGAGAGACUUCAGUGAAUGCCUUCAGCGCUGCUUGCUCUCUGAUCUUCACUACAGUGGUAUCUCGUUCACUUGGUCAAACUCGUCUGUCUCCAAAAAGUUGGAUCGCAUUCUGUGUAACGAAGAUUGGUUGGAAGCAUUCCCGGAGUCUAUAGCUGUUUUUGGGAAACCUGGUAUCUCUGAUCACAGCCCCUGCUGCACUUUCCUUGACCAGCUAAAGCCUCCUCAAAAGCGGCCCUUCCGAUUCUUUGCCCAUCUAAACUGUCACCCAGAUUUCCGGAAUCUUGUCAAAGCUACCUGGAACUCUCUGCCGUUUCAUGGGACUAGGCAGCUGGUUGUUUCGAAGAAAUUAAAAGAAAUGAAGCCUAUUAUCCGCUCCUUCAAUAAGGAAAAUUUUUCGGAAAUUGAAAAGCGGGUACAAGAGGCUUUUGAUCACCUAACCGACUGUCAACAGGAAUCCCUGUCUACUCCAAGCUUAGCUGCUGCUGCUGCAGAGAAAUCUGCUCAUGCCAAAUGGUUCACUCUGGCCAAGGCUGAGGAUAAAUUCUUGCAUCAAAGGUCUAGAGUUCAAUGGUCAGCAGAGGGAGAUGCGGGUACUGCUUUCUUUCACCGAGCUAUUCGAGCAAGACAAGCUCAAAAUCACAUUCACUACCUCAUGGAAAAUGGCUCUAUUAUCGACACCCUUGAUGGAAUUAAAUGCCAUGCGGUAAACCAUUUCCAGCAGCUCCUUGGAGGUCCUAAUGUGGCUACCACCUCUUCACCUGCAGAUAUUGCCUCUGUUAUGCAAGUUAAAUGCUCCUCCGAAGCCAUAUCAGCCCUCGCAGCGCCUUUUUCUGACCUGGACAUUGAGAAAGCCUUCCUCUCCCUCCCAAAGAACAAGUCACCAGGACCCGACGGUUACCCGGCUGAAUUCUUCACUGCCAACUGGAAGGUUGUUGGGCGGGACAUGAUUGAUGCAGUGAAGGAGUUUCUGAGUACAGGGGACCUGCUUCAGCAAUGGAAUGCGACACUUCUGAUUCUAGUACCGAAGAAGACUACUGCUACUAAGAUCACUGAGUUUCGUCCCAUUGCGUGCUGCAACACAGUGUAUAAGGUGGCAUCAAAGCUCCUGGCUAAUAGACUGAAAGACCAUCUCCCAACUCUAAUCUCUACCUCUCAAUCUGCGUUUGUUCCUGGCCGCUUAUUGGUGGAGAAUGUUCUGUUGGCAACAGAGCUUGUUUCGGGGUAUAACUGGAAGAAAAUCUCCAAAAGGUGUAUGCUCAAAGUUGACCUCCAAAAGGCUUUCGACACCCUCGAUUGGAACUUCGUUCUUUACACCCUUGAGGCUCUGGAUUUCCCGCUGAUGUUUAGGAACCUGAUCAAGAAAUGCCUAACAACAACGCGUUUUUCAGUGGCUAUUAAUGGGGAACCUUGUGGCUACUUCAAGGGGACUAGAGGUCUCCGCCAGGGUGACCCCCUCUCACCCUAUCUCUUUGUCCUUGCCCUUGAGGUCUUCUCUCAACAACUGAGAAUGAAAUAUCUUGAUGGAGCUAUUGGUUACCACCCAAACACGCCGGCUCUUCAGGUCACUCAUCUAGCUUUUGCUGAUGACUUGAUGAUCUUUGCGGAUGGUACCACUGAUUCAGUCAAAUGCAUUGCUGAGACGAUGGAGGAGUUUGCUCUUUGGUCAGGUCUACGCAUGAACAAAGCGAAGACAGAGCUAUAUACGGCUGGCCUAAAUGCAGACGAAGCCUUGGAGAUUUCCCGGCUGGGUUUCUCUAUUGGAGCAAUGCCAAUCAGGUAUCUAGGCCUUCCGCUUAUGUAUCGAAAGCUGAGGCUCCCUGACUACAAACCCCUAAUUGAUAGGAUCUCCGCAAACUUCAAUUGCUGGUCGGCUCGAGCUCUAUCCUUUGCAGGGAGGAAACAGCUUUUGUCCUCAGUUAUCUAUGGUUCUAUCAAUUUCUGGACCUCCGCUUUUAUAUUGCCUAAGAACUGCAUAAAAAGGAUUGAGGCUCUCUGUUCUCAAUUCCUAUGGGGCGGGACAGAAACGAAGAGAAGCAUAGCAAAGGUCGCUUGGAAAACCGUUACUCUGCCAAAGGAGGAGGGGGGUCUAGGGCUUCGGGAUAUUAGCCGCUGGAACAAAACGCUGUGCCUGAAACUGAUCUGGCGCCUAUACACUGCUCAGGACUCGCUUUGGGCUUCUUGGGUUAAAGAGUACCGAGUCAAGGGAGGUAAUUUCUGGGCUAUUGAUGCUUCUAAAACUACAUCAUCUACUUGGCAUAGUUUGCUGUCUUUGCGUGGUCUUGCUGCAGGUUUCCUAAAAGCAAAACUUGGCAAUGGGCAGCAGAUAAGCUUCUGGUACGAUCGUUGGACGCCCCUAGGAUCUCUCAUUGACUGCUUUGGUCCCACUGGUCCUAGAGAACUGCAGAUAGAAGAAACUGCCUUGGUUAGGCAUGCGUGCAAUGAUGAAGGAUGGCUCUUGCGUGGUGCACGAUCUCAAGCUGCUGAGGAGCUUCAACUGCAUCUCACAACCAUUCCACUCCCCUCGUUAAGUGCUACGGAUGAUUCUUAUGUGUGGGAGACGGGUGGUAAUGAGCUGCAGGAGUACUCCACGAGUAAAACUUGGGAAGAUGUGCGAAACCGAGCAACAAAGAAAAGUUGGACCCGCAACAUUUGGUUCAAAGGCCACAUCCCUCGUCAUGCUUUCACUGUCUGGGUGGCUCAUCAAGAUCGAUUGCCUACUCGCGCUAGACUGGUUGGCUGGGGAAUGAAUAUUCCAUCUUCAUGCUGCCUUUGUAGUUUGUUUGAGGAAUCGCGUGACCAUCUCUUCCUUAGGUGUGAAGUUAGUGAUGUUGUGUGGCAGUUUGUGCUUGGUAGACUUGGCUAUUCUCAUAGAGGCUUUCAUUCUUGGUAUGCUUUUUGGGAAUGGAUGGGGCUUAAGGACUCGGUGGUAAGCUUAACUCUCAAACGAGCUGCUGCUCAAGUCACUAUUUCCUGCAUCUGGACCGAGAGAAACAAGAGACUUCAUGACAGUACCUCCCAAACGCCUCUCGCCAUCUCCAAGAAGAUAGAUCGUAUUAUCAGGGACGCAAUUUUGGGAAGAAAACACACUGCUCUGUUCCACCCUCUAAUGCAGGAAUGGCUCAGAUUUGAUUGA